UAUAUGUUGUUAUGUUUAUUCGUUUAAAAAUGUUAACUACGAAAAAACAUAACUCACCUCCAAAUCAUAGUGCAGCAAAUAGAGUGGCUGCUCCCACCGUCAUUUAACAAACACCAUUUCUUUUUGUUUUGUCCUUUAUCGCUUAAAAUGAGUCCACAAAUGAUCACUACUGUUUCUAGAUCGUCAUCUGUGUUUGAUUAUUCUAAAUUCACGUAUGGUGAGUUGGGGGUUUUACUGAAUUUUCUUCUGGAAUCAAGAUGCUCGUGGCUGGAAUCGGUUUUGUGGCGUGUAGCUGGCACAUGAACCAAUUGAAUCUGUUGGACUUUUAUCGGUUCGUGUCAUGUGUGGUCUCAGAGGUUUGGAAAAUUCUUAAAUCGUGCCGUGUGAACCAGACCUACAACUCACCAGCUUCACUCCUCUCAUCUCGUCUCGACCUCUGACCUAACGCUCUCUGACUCAGGUCACUAACGUUGACACAUCCCUUCAAAAUAAGAUACAGAUGUGCCACAAAAAUGAACAUUUUACUUUCGUGAAAAUUUUAACUCACAGUAACGACUGAUGUCCAUGACUUUCGGGUGCAAAACACAUAUUUCUCCGCUCAGUUCCUCAGACAAAUGAUCGGCUGGAAUGGAUAAAGGAGGGGCUUUUUUUCUUUUCUGUCGGCUGAACUGAUUUUAUGUCAGAUACGAAACAUUUUAAAAGGGAGCCCUGAGCUUGUUUCUCCCAUCUGGGAGUGAUGAGAGACAAUAAAAUCCGAAGUUUUGCUUCUGCACUGGGUGCUUGGUCUCUACAGUUUGAAGGCUUCAUUGCCUCAUUAAUGAGCAGGUCAGCAUAUCAUGCAGAGCAGCUCAGAAUCACCCGGGAUAAAUCCAUUCUCCUGUCUCUUCUCUGGGCCUUUCCCCUUUGCAAAGAAACUUUUCAAAGACAUUUGAUCUGUUUCUUACUCAUUUUGCAGCUUGUGGGCUCAAUGUUGGUGCGAAAGACGUAACUGAGAAAAUCCGGUUGAAGGAUUUUCAAAACAAAAGAUCCUCCAGACUCAAAUAAUACUUAAAGCUGAAAUAUUUAAUUAUUUCUUGUGCGGCCCGGUACCUAUUGGUCCACGGACCGGUACCAGGCCGUGGCGCAGGUGUUGGGGACCACUGGCUUAAAUAAUAUGUGAAUGUAACUAAAUAAAAAUAAUGACAAAAGUUACUUUGUAUUCCCGUGAAGGUAUUAGGGCAUGGAAAGAUUGAAAGGAAACUUUUGAAAUAAAAUAUUGAUGCAGAACAAAAGCAGGAGAAGAAGCUUUAGCAUGACGUGUUUAUAACUCACUUUAAUCUACAGCCCAGGCAACUAUCUCUGCAAUAUUAUCAUCAGCUGACUCUAUAAUGAUCACAGUCUGUUUGGCAUCUCCUCUAAAUGAGUCUUUGUCUUCACUCUCAAAUCUUAAUACUUCUCUUAAGCUCUAGAAUAAAUAUUGAACAUGAAAUAAAAAACAAGCACAUUCUGUUUUUUAUUUAUUUUUCCACAGGAAAUUGCUGGUAUCAUCAACUGGAUGUAAAACUCUCAAGAUCAGAAGGUUAGAUCUGAAAUGGGGGAAAUGAAGGAAAUAACUUGUUUAGAUUCUCUGAAUACCAACGCCUCAUCACAAAUAGCCAAUAAAUUUUGUCACAAUCUGCAAAUCUACAUGGUUCUGACAGACCUGGAGAAGAAAGCCAUUGGCACCAUUUGUUUCCUGGGUGGUCCGAUAACACUGAUGGAGAACGUCCUUGUCCUUGGAGUUAUUGCCACAACGGCGAUGCUGAGACAGAAGCCCUCUUAUCUGUUUAUUGGCAGCCUUGCCCUGGCAGAUGUCUUCGCUAGCUGCUUCUUCACCACAAGUUUCCUGGACUUUCAUCUCUUCUGCCGCUGUGAUGGUCCAACUGUGUAUCUCUUCAAGUUAGGAGGGGUUACUAUGGCCUUUAGUUCCUCAGUUGGGAGCUUGCUGCUGACUGCACUGGACCGAUAUCUCUGCAUCUACCAGGCAUCCAGUUACAAGGUUCUACUAACCCGCCGAAGGGCACUGCUAAGUCUCCUGAUUCUCUGGAGCAUCACCAUUUUCCUCUCCUCCUUGCCGCUCAUGGGCUGGAGGUGCCCCACAGUGCUUAACCCUCCGUGCUCAUGCUUGUUCCCCUUCAUCAGCCGAGUCUACUUGGCCUGCUGGACUACUUUUAUCCUUAUACUUCUCACAUUAAUUUUGGUGGCCUACGCCCUGAUCCUGUUGAAGGCCCACCGUCAUGAAUCUUCCAUGACCGGCCUCCAGGGGGCAGCAGGUGCCGGUCAGGCCCGCAUGAGAAUGGAUAUUCGGCUGGCCCGUACUUUUGGUUUGAUUCUCCUCAUACUGGUGGGGAGCUGGCUCCCUGUACUUAUCUUCAUGCUGGUUGAUGUCUCUAUGGUCUUGACUCGUAACCAGCAGAGAGCUUUUGCCUUUUGCAGCACCCUUUGCCUACUGAACUCUGCAGUCAACCCACUGCUUUAUGCCCUGCGGUGCAAAGAGCUAAGAAUUGCUCUGCUGCAGUCUCUACAAAGGUCAUGUGGUUUCUGGAAGUGUAAAACCUCAACAAAUGACUUAAAUCUCACAAGGCAUUCUGCAGACGACAACUGUGCUACAGUGUCUGAUAACACUUUGGCAGUGACGACCCCUCAACUCGACUCAGUCUGUGAAAUAGUGAGCAAUAAGUCGAAUUAAAUAAUCACAGUGGAACACAGUGGAAUAAUAAAUUAGCAGCUCAGAUGAAGACUUGAAGGGUGCUGGUGAAGUACUGUAAAAUCAUCAACACAAUGUAAUGAUUUAAAUACUUCGAUAGGAAAUGAAAUAUACAAAAUACAACUUAACAUUUUUAUUGUAGAUUUUUUUUUUUCUUAUUAAAGACAUAAUGACUGGCAGCGAUAUUUUAUUAUUCAUUGUUUUAUUUUCCUUGUAACAAUGAACCUACAUGCAAUGCAUAAUUAAUAAGGUAAUAAGUAAACAGAUUUAAUCCGGGCUCUGAGACGAAAACCAAUAUAAUAUAAUCAAAACAGAACACAAAUGGAACUAAAAGCUCAAACACCUGUCUUCAUAAAAAUGCCAAUAUUUUUACUAAUGCUUGCCAAUAUUGUUGGAACUGUAUAUGGGACACUGCAAAUGUGUGAGAGAAUGUAAUCUGGUCAAAUGAAACAACAAAAAAAUGUACUUCAUGCAAAACAUGCAUGAAAGAAAACUAAAAUUUAGAAAUGUAGUGAAACAUGGUAGUUGCAGUAUUAUACUGUGGGUCAUAUUUUGUUCAGUAGGGAUAGGAAAGCUGAUUCGAGGCCAAUGGACUGAUUCAAUACAUAGACAGAACUAAGCACAAGAAAAUCCUGGAAAAAAUAGUGAGAACACUUGAUAAAAUCAGUUCAGCUAGAAAACAGAAGGGUUCAAAGGUUAAGGGAUUUGUGGUGCUGAUGAAAAAGCAUUUUAAGAUAGUGCUGUAAUCAGCAUAAUAAAUGUAUUAUUGAUCAAGAAUGACAAUUUCAAUUGAAGUUUCUCAUUUCUGCCUUUCCUGAAAAAAGACUGUGAACAUAUUAAAUUUUGUGUAACUUGUAUAUAAGCAAACUGUAAUACCACUGUUGUUAAAAUAUUACAUUAACCAUGGACCUUUACUCUAUUUCAGGAAAGAUAUAAUAAGCAUUUACUUUACUUAUUUAUUGUAGAAUUUUCCGUACAUGGUCCCAUGGAACUAAAACGGCUCUGGUAGAAAUGUAAAUACUUCAAUAAAACCAAAGAAAAAAAUUUGUGUGUUAGUAUGCGUUUAAUCAUUGGCUUGAGUAAUUUACACUGAAUACUGUUUCACCUCUUGAUCUUCUGUAUAGUGACCUUACAGUUGUGAGAAGUGGAGCCCAUGCAAAUUUCUAGGCUUUUUGUAGUUAUGCUUUGAAAAAGUUACACAUGUAAAUAUUUCUCAGUUUUUGUAUUUUUAAUGACAGUUACAAAAAUUACAAAUUGCAUGGAUCAUUUGGGGGAUUUUUGUGUUGAUUUAGGAGUGUCUUUCAUUGUUUCUACAUUAGUUUUGCAUUUUUUGGGCCUGAUAUGUCUUAGGUUUUGGAGAUUUCAUGUUUUAUUUUAGAUCUUUCAGAUCCCGUUCAUUCCAUCUGUGAGAUUUGUGUUGUUUGUUGUUUGUUUAAGUUGGAGUAGACCAUGUAAGCUUAUCAGCCUUGCAAAGCCCAAUUUAGUAGACCAAAUGCUUGUAACAAAGAAUGCUUAACCU